GAUGAACAGGUUCCACUCAGUAAAAUCAUCAGCACAUAAUAAAGUGUACUCAUUAUUCUUACAAGAAGAACUUCAAGUAUUCAUAUAAAAUACUCUGUUGUAACAUUUCUAAACACUUUAUUAGUAGCAUUAGGUAACGGUGGUGAAAAAGAACUAUAAAGUUGAACUAUACCAACCAAAAAUAAUUAAUUUGAACACGGUUUUGAAAUUGAGUUACUCCAGCCAUUAUUGUUGACACCGCUAAGGUUGAAUUAAAGAGUUGAAAAAGCUUAACAUUAUUUUUAAUUAUAAACUAAAGUUAGCUCUUAUACAGCAUUGCUGGAACCUUAACACUCUUAAGGUGGCCAUAGAUCCUUUACAUACAAGCGAACGGUUGUAAGUGCUUUACUUAAGACAGUU